AUGAAACAACAAAAUGUCCUGUCAUGGAGUGAUGUGGUGGUGUGUAGUGGAGGCAGUCCCCCCUCACCUGCCAGCGGGUCCCCCUCACCUGCCAGCGGGUCCCCCUCACCUACCAGCAGGUCCCCCUCACCUGCCAGCGGGUCCCCCUCACCUACCAGCGGGUCCCCCUCACCUGCCAGCGGGUCUCCCUCACCUACCAGCGGGUCCCCCUCACCUACCAGCAGGUCCCUCUCACCUGCCAGCGGGUCUCCCUCACCUACCAGCGGGUCCCCCUCACCUGCCAGCGGGUCUCCCUCACCUACCAGCGGGUCCCCCUCACCUACCAGCGGGUCCCCCACACCUACCAGCGGGUCUCCCACACCUACCAGCGGGUCCCCCUCACCUGCCAGCGGGACUCCCUCACCUACCAGCGGGUCUCCCUCACCUACCAGCAGGUCUCCCUCACCUACCAGCAGGUCUCCCACACCUACCAGCAGGUCUCCCACACCUACCAGCAGGUCUCCCACACCUACCAGCGGGUCUCCCUCACCUACCAGCGGGUCUCCCUCACCUCCCAGCGGGUCUCCCUCACCUACCAGCAGGUCUCCCACACCUACCAGCAGGUCUCCCUCACCUACCAGCAGGUCUCCCUCACCUACCAGCGGGUCCCCCUCACCUCAGCCUCCCUCACCUACCAGCAGGUCUCCCUCACCUACCAGCGGGUCUCCCUCACCUACCAGCACCUACCAGCAGGUCUCCCUCACCUACCAGCGGGUUUCCCUCACCUACCAGCAGGUCUCCCUCACCUACCAGCGGGUCUCCCUCACCUACCAGCAGGUCUCCCUCACCUACCAGCGGGUCUCCCUCACCUACCAGCAGGUCUCCCUCACCUACCAGCAGGUCUCCCUCACCUACCAGCAGGUCUCCCUCACCUACCAGCAGGUCUCCCUCACCUACCAGCAGGUCUCCCUCACCUACCAGCGGGUCUCCCUCACCUACCAGCAGGUCUCCCUCACCUACCAGCAGGUCUCCCUCACCUACCAGCGGGUCUCCCUCACCUACCCGCAGGUCUCCCUCACCUACCAGCAGGUCUCCCUCACCUACCAGCGGGUCAGGUGUGAUAGCUGA